AUGUCGACACCAGGCUGUAGCAGCGGCCGGCUAGGCUUGUUUUGCAGAAGUUUCGGGACCCAGCGUGUGGUUCAGAAACGCCGCCACCAGAUGCGCAUUCUUCAUCCCUCGCAAACUCCUUACGUUCCGUGUGAGCAGCGGCCGCCUCCAAUUCCGCACUCUCUGACCGCUUCCAGCACGGUGAAACGGCUCUUGAACAACAACACGAUAGCUGCAAAGGAGGCGGCCAAACGAAUCAACUGGGAUGCUUACAUAUCCCACCAGCGAGGAGUCCGCUGGCAUCCGCAGGGCGCGUGGCGUGUGCAGUUCUCCAGGCGAAACCACGAACGAAAUUUCUUUGUUCGCUGUGAAUGUUAUUUUAGGGUGGGUAUCUAUGGCUUCCAAAUGGCUAAGGACCUCGCCAUCCGAUAUCGACGGAGACUCGAGAAAGAAUGGGAAGAACUCGAGGAGCAAUGGAUGAAACUGGACAUUCUUGAGGCAGAACAGCGGGCGAAGAGCCGGGAGAGGAAAGAAGAACGCCUGCUCCUGGGCGAGGAUGAGCCGGAGGACAGUCAACCAAGGGGGAAGGAGUGA